AUGCUGCGCUCGCCGCAGCCGUCGCACUCGCGGCCGCUGCCGCAGCCUACUCCUCCUCCUCCGCCUCGUCACUCGCGAAGCGCGGGCGAAUCGGGAUCCUCGCACGACACUCCGGCACAUGGAAGCGCGCCGCCACUGUCACCUCGCCCGGGCCAGCCUCCCUGCGCGCCGCUGUCGCUGCCAGCACUGCCGGACGCCGCACAGCUGUUCGACGACGCCAGCGCGCACGCGCCGCCGCGGCGGCCUUGUCGGCGGGUGCUUGCCCCCCGGGUGCGCGCUCUGCGCCGCGUAGUGGCGGUGAAUGGAACUAAGGGGUCAUUCAGUUCGGGAAGAUCCCGACAGAGCUGA